GGCUAAGAUUUCAGCAGACGUAUAUAAACACUGGAAAAAUGGCGAGGUUUGUUUUUUAAUCAUUUAAUCAUAUAAUAAAACAAUUAUUGCUGUUUUUUGAGGUCAAUACGAUGAUUUAGCCACCUUCGAAGUACAAUAUUCACCUCGCCCUUCGGGCUCGGUGAAUAUUGCACUCCUCAGGUGUCUAAAUCAUCGUAUUGACCUCAAAAACAGCAAUAACUGUAUAAUAUUGAUCCUAUGGUUAUUCCUUGCCGCGAAGCAAUAUCGAACGCUUUAAGAGUCUACAGGUUGUGACAUAGAUAACGUGUAUAUAUAUAUAUAUAUAGAGGGCAUGAGGUCCCUCAAGAGAAAUAGAGAUUUUCCAAAGAUAGGUUAAAUGAUAUCUGGACAUGAUCGCAGCACUUUAUUUUUGUUUCAUUUGCAUUGUCACCGGAGUUAUUAGCGAGACUCAAUCAUCAGACAUUCAUGAAGAGCUCAAAGCAUUGAAAACCGUGGUUAUUGAGCAGUCAAGACUGUUGAAAGGAUUACAGGCAAGUGUGGAUGUGCUAUACCAGAAAAACGAGUUUCUCCAGAACGCCUACACAAUUCAAAAACGGGAACUACAGACGUUAAAAGAUAGUUUACGUGGAAAAGAAAUACCAUUAGGUUCAAUUCCACACCAUGACACAAGAAAUGAAGUGGAUGUCCCAGCUGAGCAUCCCCGACACUCAGAAAAACAAACCGAUCCCACUGGCAACGAGGAGUUUGUUUCAUCACCAAGACAACAAAAUGGCCAAUACAGUUAUCUGGAAAGUAAAUCGAGACGAUUACUGAUUGGAAGUGGACCUGAAGAUCAUGUUGCAUUCACUGCCUUUCACACUCACGGUGUUGACGAAGAUUUGACAACAGGUCAGACGAUUGUUCUUCAUGAAAUCAAGCAGAAUAUUGGAGGGGGUCUGCACACGAAUGGCGUGUUUACAGCUAAAGUGCAAGGACUCUACGUCUUUUUCUUCUCUCUGAACUGCGAUACCCUUUCGGAAUUUUCCGUUGACAUUGUCAAGGACACCACUCAGCUUGCCAGGACGUACUGCUCUGGACAUGGUGAUGACCGGUGGGUGGUGUCCAGUACGAUGGCUACUACAGUUCUCGCACCAGGCGAUGCAGUAUGGUUGAAGGUUUCUGGGAUUGCACAUGCGGCAAAAAUUGGUGGAGAAACGUCCUUCUCCGGAUUUUUACUUCGCUGAUUUGAAUAUAAAUACUUCUCACAUUA